CAGAAGCAGUCCCCCCUGGUGGAGCCCAGAGUGGGGUCAGGGUGAUGCAGACACAGGGCGCCCGAGGCUUCCAGCUCUCAGCUGCCGCUCCCCACGCCAUGAGCUUCCCUGCUUCACGGAUUUUCAUCAGGUGUGACCUCUUCCCAGAAGAAUUUUCCAUCGUGGUAACCUUGAAAGUUCCCAAUCUUCCACCCAAGAAGAACGAGUUUCUGCUCACGGUGGUGGCGGAAGAGCGAGGCACGCUGCUGUUGGGGCUGAGCUACUCAGCCAGCAAGCUCCACUUCCUGUUCCUCAGCGAGGACGCCUCUGGGGCCUGGCAGACCCAUGUGUCCUUCCGGAACACGGCACUGACGGACAGCCGGUGGCACACGCUGGUCUUGGCAGUGUCCCAAGGAACCUUCUCCCUCACCGUGGACUGUGGGCUCCCCAUAGACAUAACCGCUGACAUGCCCUUCCCGGCCACACUCUCCAUGCAGGGCGCCCGGUUCUUCGUCGGCAGCCGGAGAAGGAAGAAAGGCCUAUUCACGGGUCUGAUCCGGCAGCUGGUCCUGCUACCUGGCUCCGAUGCCACCUCCCAGCUGUGCCCCAGCAGGAACGCUGAGCUGGCUGUUUUGUCCAUCCCCCCGAUCCUGCAGGGUCUCACAGGGACGCCAGAAGAUAACGAGGUGCUCAAAUAUCCCUAUGAAACCGAUGUGAAGGUGACAUUGGGGUCACAGCCCCGCUGUACGCAAGCGGAAGAUGCCCAGUUCUGGUUUGACGCCAGCCGGAAGGGGCUGUACCUGUGCAUCGGCAGUGAGUGGAUCUCUGUGCUAGGAGGCAAGAGAAAACUGGACUACGUGGAAGAGCACCAGAGCCUGUUCACGAACUCCGAGACCCUGGGCCUGGAGGCCUUCAUCGUCCCGGAGGUGGGGCUCUUUGUCGCAACAGCCAAUCGGAAAACCACUUCCGCCAUCUACAAGUGGACCGAUGGGAAGUUCGUGUCCUAUCAGACCAUCCGCACACACCAGGCACAGUCCUGGAGGCAUUUCACCAUCGGGAAAAGGAUCUUUUUGGCCGUGGCUAAUUUUGAACCGAAUGAGAAGGGCCAGGAGUUCUCCGUCAUUUAUAAAUGGAGUCCUCGAAAACAGAAGUUCACCCCAUACCAGAGGAUCGCCACCCACAGCGCGCGUGACUGGGAGGCUUUCCAGGUGAACGGGGAGCACUUCCUGGCCGUGGCCAACCACCGGGAAGGCGACAACCACAACAUCGAUAGCGUGAUCUACAAGUGGAACCCAAGGACCCAGCUCUUUGAGGCCAACCAGACCAUCGCCACCUCUGGCGCCUAUGACUGGGAGUUCUUCACCGUGGGACCCUACUCCUUCCUGGCCGUGGCCAACACCUUCAACGGCACCUCCACGAAGGUGUACUCCCACCUGUACAUCUGGCUUGUCGGUGCCUUCCAGCUCUUCCAGUCCUUUCUGACGUUCGGCGCUGCCGACUGGGAGGUGUUCCACAUUGGGGAGAGGAUCUUCCUCGCCGUCGCCAACAGCCACAGCUAUGAUGUUGAAAUGCAAGUGCAAAAUGACUCCUACAUCAUCAACUCCGUCAUCUAUGAGCUGAAUGUCACCGCGCAGUCGUUCGUCAAGUUCCAAGAUAUUCCUACCUGCAGUGCCCUGGACUGGGAGUUCUUCUCGGUGGGAGAAGACUAUUUCCUGGUGGUUGCUAACUCCUUCGAUGGAAAUACUUUCUCGGUAAACAGUAUUAUUUACAGGUGGCAGGGCUACGAAGGCUUUGUGGCCGUGCACAGCCUCCCAACCUUUGGCUGCAGAGACUGGGAGGCCUUCAACACCACGGCCGGCUCCUACCUCAUGUACUCCAGCGCCAAGGAGCCCCUGUCCAAGGUCCUGAGGCUGAGGAUGGAGUGAACGUUCGUGGACCUGCCAGAGAAGGGGCCGGAAGCAAGAAGGACAGGGCAGGACCCUGCCUAGUGCGCCAAUACAUCCCUCUUCCCUAGCCAGAUCCCCUAAAGAUUCCAGGAACCUCUGGGUGGGAGCAGAAGAUGGUGCUUGGCCAGGGUGGAUGGUCCAUGGGAGGCCCUCCUCUGGGCUGGAGUCCUGGCACGUCCCAGUCCCAGCCUCUGUCUAAUUGGGCCACCCACCUUGGCAACCCUGCCCAUGGCUUUAUGUUGUGCUUGCCUCCCCGGCAAGGGUGCCCCUGGUGUGGGACCACAAAGCCCAGGGAGGCUGCAGCCAGACCCCGGGUGGCUUGCUGGUGGUCCAGGCUGAGAACACACACCCUCCCAGCAGUCACCGUGCCUUAAAGAGAAGCUAAUAUCAAAUCGUACCUCAAAGAACCAUGGGGCGGGUCACACGCAUGGCCCUACCCCUUCCCCCGACAAGCAGAGGCUGACACAGGUUUUGUUGCUUGGUUUUGCAGAUUGAGUAACAACUAUUUAUUGUGCCCUAUCUAUACGGAAGCCUAUUUAUAACACUGUCGCUCAAA